UUAUUUCCUCAUACAAAUCAGAUGCGAAUAAAAGAACUCCCGGCACAAAACUGUUUUAAAGCUGAGAAAACGAUCUUGUAAUUAAAGGAUCCAGAUAAAUGUAUAAUUUCAAGCGGGCUUGCGCGGUCGAAAAGGCGGCGAUGAAGAUAUUAGUUUUCCCGCCUUUAGAAGCGUCUUCGUCCACAGAACUAUUAAUACACUACUUCCAACACAUCCUCUGAAAAGAUGCGAAUCGCAUGAAUUACCACCAACAAAUUAUUUAAAUAUUCAAACAAUUCGUGUGGCGCUGUGACUGAUUCCACCGCAGGUUUGUUAAGCCGUUUUCUAAAUUUACCCCAGAGUUAAUUUAACAUGAGUUUGGCUAACGAACAUUUGGCUCCAUUCUUUAAAAUCUUUUCCGGUUCGAUUCUGAUACCUACCUGCGCUUCAUAGUCGUCAAUGUAAUUUUGUAACUCUUCUGAUAUGCGUACAUGUGAUGGCCGCCCGCUUGAUUUUUGCUUUAUUUUUAGCCAUGUAUCUAAAUACCCGCUAGACAAUCCUUCGACCCGUUGUUCUUCCCGAAAAUGCCACAUUUCAUGAAUUUUUACAAUCCUGUACUCUUUUUCCACGGCUUUACUGAUUUCGGGUGUACACCACGUGUCGUGGAUGAGGUGUUCGUGAUCGGUCUGAGUAUAGGUCGAUCGGCGGUCGAGCAUUGGUUUCUCUUGUUGUUUUUCCACACAAUUACGACAUAACGGAAAAGUCAAAUUUUUCUCCACUUCUUUAGGGUUUUGUGAUCUUGAUAACAAUCCACACUGUAAAAAUUGCGAUGACACUUUUCACACUGUGAGGUCUAUUGUUCUUGGUGGUCACGUGUACGAUAUCCGGCUCUCUGAAUGGUCACAGCCCAUGGUAGCGCCCUUAACUACUGACGUAGAAGUGCGAAAGCCUAAAACGAUCAUUUCUUUUCGUGGAAGAGCCAGUAAGGAUGAAUGCACUUGGUUUGCGUGUCGUCACUGCCUUACUAAUAGUGGUUGAGUUCAUGGUUUUUUCCGGGGCCGCAAAGAAUCGGACAAAAAUCCCAGUAAAACAUUUCCUGUUUAAUAACCCUUCGAAAGUCUGCUAUGAAAAGUACGGCUGCUUCAGUAAACAACCUAGUGUCCGCUGGGGCUUGAUCAGUAUUCAACCAAGCCUACCACAAAAUCCUAGUGCUGUUGGCACAACAUUUGAUUUGUACACUAAGGAAGGGUAUGGGAGAAUAGACGAUUUUGAUACAGACAAACUGAAGGCCCCGAAGUUUGACAUGUCACGGCGAACAAUCUUCGUGAUUCACGGCUGGAGAGAAAGUGCAACCAAGGGAUGGACCAUUGAAUUGAAAGAUGCCCUUUUACAACGAGAAGACUGCAAUGUGAUUUUGGUGGACUGGUCAAAAGGAGCCAAAAGACGAUAUGGACAAUCUGUUGGAAACACCCGGCUCGUUGGGGCUCAAGUGGCAGAGCUGAUUAGGUUCCUGAUUAACAGUACCUCGAGGUCACCUGACUCGGCUAAGAGGUUCUAUAUUGUGGGAUUUAGCCUUGGUGGACAGACCGCAGGGUAUGUCGGGAGGUAUUUAAAGGAGAAAGCCGGGAUGACGCUUGGUCGCAUUACAGGACUGGACCCAGCUGGUCCCUGUUUCAACAGCAUUUCUGAUCCGCGCUUCCGGUUGGACCCAAGUGAUGCAGAAUACGUUGAUGUCAUACACACUGACAUGUCCAAGAACAGCGGUUUUGUCGGUUUCGGUAUGCGCAGAGAGGGCGGCCACGCGGACUUUUUUCCGAACGGAGGCAUUGAUCAACGUGGCUGCCUACGACAUUUGGUUGAGCUGGAGUUCGUUCAGACAGUGAAAUGUGACCAUCAGAGGGCAUGGAAAUACUUCAUUGCAUCUCUAACAAACCCCCGCAGUUGGGAAGCACAACCUUGCAAGGAUUAUUACGACUGUGAGAAAGGAAAGUUCCAGGCCUGCGAUGGCGAAUGCCCUACUAUGGGAUAUGGCGCCGACAAAACGAAACCAAACGGCAAAUUUUAUCUAAUGACAUCCAGAGGAGCUCCAUUUCUCGGUUUGAGCCCAGACGCCUCUAUGGAGGAGGAUAACUAUGGAAGUCCUUAAUUAAAAGAUGUACAACUACUCAAGUCUGGGAUGGACAGGAAAUAGGACUCUCUGUGUUUCUUCUGCGUAGUUUUGUUUCUACAUUGUGCAAGAUUAGAACAUCGAGACUUUCCCUUGUCAACGACAAGUAAUAAGAUAUAAUUUAUAAGAUAACAUGUAAUCGGCACCGAAUCCACCUCAGAAAGUCCAAUACCAAGGAAAUGUGAAAGGAUAACAAUCACUAGGGAUGACAUUAAGAAUAAAGUAAAACUUGAGAGCUACCCUUGGCGGACUCACCAGACAUUCAUUAAAGCAAAAAACACUUUAAUAUCCAUGGAGGGGGGGAGGGAAUUCGAUCAAACUGAGCAAAGUCGUGUGAUGGUUUCCGGGGAUGAGCAAGUACGAGACUUCAAAGACGUUAUGCAUUAGCAGGUUGAAACUUUCAGGAUGUUCAC